AAUGAUAUCUUCCAACUGCACUCUUCAUUUGUACAACAAAAAAAUGUCUUUCUGUAAAACAACAGUUUCUAACAAUAUGUCUACGAAAACUGGAAACUCAGAAGAUAUUUUGAAAAGUUCAAAUGAAUAUAGAUACGUGAUGAUGUUCAAGAGUACAUUCGAGCGAGAAUUAUUUCCGAACAAUUUCGACAUGUGGACUCUACGACAGCAGUGCAUAUGGAUAAACGAUAACAUCGCCACAUUCUUUCCGAACGUACCAAAAUCAUUGUUAAAUUUCAUUCCGGCCUCUUUUCGCCCAGGGGAUUGCAAUCCGUCAUCAUUGCAAAUUCCCGAAUGGUUGGACAUUGAUAAGUACCGCAAGGGGCAGAAAUUUGUGCGUGAAAAUUUUGCGUCACUUUUCUUUGGCAAAAUAUUUGGCAUUAUCCAUAUCUACACCUUCAAUGAGUUUUUAAAACCAAUAAUCAUAUCAAAGGGCUCUCAUACGCCAUAUUUAGCUUUUAAAAGGUAUACCGCAAACCUACAACAAUUCAUUAAGUGGUACGAUGGAGAGCCUUGGAUUGAAGGAACAGCAGCCUAUAAAGGCAUGCAAUUUUCGCGUAGAAUGCAUUUAAUAAUACAAUCAAAAUUGUGCAACCUCGAUCAUGAACAAAUUAACAACGAGUCCAAAAUCGCAAAGCCGUGGUGCCCGGAUCGCGAAUUGAUUUUAAAGGAUUUCGCCGCGGUGUGUCCACUUGAGAAAGACGGACAACGUCCUUACGUCCUGAUUGACAAGUUGCCAUACAAGCCAAAAGGCAUGAAUAACGCGGACCUGGCAGGAACACAGUGCUGUUUCAUAAGUUUAGCUUUACUUCACCCGCAAAAAAUUGGAGUGCAUAACGCGACCGAUGAAGACAUCGAGGCAUUUUGCCAUAUGUGGAGAUGUUACGGAUAUUAUCUCGGAAUGGAGGAUGAGCACAACUUUUGCCGCGGCAGUCUCGAGGAAAUAAAGCAGCGCGCUCGGGAUUUAUAUCAAUAUUGGGUAUUGCCUAAUCUUAAGGAAGUUACACCUGAAUGGGAACAUAUGACAAGAUGUUUUAUCGAAUCAAUUAAUUACUUUCCCUUGAUGUACAUGCCUUACAAAGUAAUUGCAUUACUUGCUAUGGAUACGUUAGAUGUAAGCAUGCCGCAUUUGUAUGCGUCAAUGAGUUACACAGAAUGGAUUGGUUAUAAUAUCUGGAGGUGA